GAACAAUUCCUAAAAAUCCAGGGACUGAAAUAGCAAUUUACCCUUUCUUCCUCCCAAAUCCUUAAACCUCUGCAAAAGGGUUUAAAUAGCCAUAGCAGCAGCUACACAGCAAAAAUUCCAUUCAAUCCACAAACUGUUUUGUAAAAAAAUCCCAAUUUUUUUUUAUUAACUGUACUGUUCGAGCCAGAUUUUGCGCACCUGACACCUCCCAUCAACAGCAGCAGAUAUUAGUUAACUCUGUCUGCCAAGGUUAGAACAUAUUAAUCAAUUCAAUUUUGAGAAAAAAAAAAUGCCUUCAAAGAAGAAGAAUCAGAAGUCAGCAACAAGGAUUUCACAAUCAGAACUUAGUGAUAAUUCAUCAAUUUCAUCAACCAUAUUGAGUUCUUCAUCAGAUAAUGAAGAAGAGCUUAGGUGUUGUAUUGAAGAAGCUUCUAGAAAGUUCCCAACUUUGAUUGCUAGGACAAGUUUUAUUGGUAGAAUUACUGAGGAUCCUGUGGAGAGUGUUGAUACUAAAGGGUGUAAGAUUUGGGUUUCCGAAUCUUCCAUGCUUGCCUUUUCUAUUACUCCUGGCUCUAUUGUAUCGGUAUCCCUUGCUCCUUUGAAGAAAUAUGAAAGUAACUUCCCGCUUAGCUCAUUGUCUGAUGAGUGUACAAGGCAUUUUGGACUUGAGUAUACAGAAAAUGCAGCUCAUGAAGCAGGAAACUUUUUUGCUGUUGCAACUGUUUUCCCAUCUUGUAAGGUUUUAAAGAAUGGAGCACGAUUAUCUUCAAGCCUCGCGUGGAGUAUGGGUUAUCCUGCACCGGGCAGGAUCAUUUUUGUUCACCCGAUUCGUGAUCCUACCAUAAGGAGCAUUGCAAGUGGAAGCAAUCAAUCAUCCAAUGGUAGAGUUAGUUCCCUUUUGGUUAGUAACUGCGAGGAACUAUCUUUGUCACUUGUAUCUCGUAAUGGAAUAUCACCGACGAACAACUUCAUAUCCUCUCAAUAUGCAACUACUGAAACAAGAAAUGGUCGAGCUGAUACUACGUCAGUUUCAUCUCCUCGGACUCCAUUACACUCUCGUUCUAGACUUAAUUCUCCUAGCACCAGGGAGAUCAAUACACCCAAGGAUCAAGAAUCAGUGUCCAUUUUUUCUGGUGUAGGUGGCGCAUCUAGCAACAUAUUCAACAUCAGCGAAAUUUUGGUGGAUGACCAUUCAAAGAAACUUAUACAAACCUGUACAGCUUUGUGGUUGUGUUCUCGCAUUUUACUCUCUGGAAAUCUUGUGAUUGUCCCGCUGCUUUCAAGGCUGUUUUUUUUUCAGGUUACAGCUGCUUCUCCUCAACAAAGUUUGGGAGAAUAUGGUAAUGUUGUUUUCUCCGUAGAUCACAAAACAAAAGUAAUUCUACAUUUACCUGUGGAUAUUGAAACUGAAACUCCAAUAAGAAGGUUAUCACCAUCAGAGCUUGAACAUAGAAAUAUCAACAGUAAGGAUGGAGUUGACUACCCAAAAUUGGGUGGUCUUUCUGAAGAAUUUGCUGUUCUAAUGGACAUAAUAAUAUCAUCAGUGGUUAAGGGUACAAUGGCUAGCAUGGGUUUACGUCCUACCAAGGGAGUACUUCUUCAUGGCCCACCUGGAACUGGAAAGACUGCUUUGGCGCGAUUAUGUGCUCAUGAAGCUGGUGUAAACCUAUUCUCUGUCAAUGGGCCUGAAGUAAUUAGUCAAUAUUAUGGUGAAAGCGAACGAGCAUUGCACGAGGUGUUUGAGUCAGCGAGUCGAGCAGCUCCUGCUGUGGUCUUCAUUGAUGAGUUGGAUGCCAUUGCGCCUGCUCGUAAAGAUGUAGGUGAAGAGCUUUCUCAAAGAAUGGUAGCUACACUGUUAAACUUGAUGGAUGGAAUAAGAAGAGCUGAUGGAGUACUUGUUAUUGCUGCAACCAAUCGACCUGACAGUGUUGAACCAGCUCUUAGACGACCUGGGAGGCUUGACAGGGAAAUUGAAAUAGGCAUACCAUCUGCCAGACAACGGUAUGAAAUACUACAUUCAGUACUUGGUGAAAUGGAACAUGCUCUUUCUGACAAGAAUGUUCAAGACCUUGCAACAGCUACACAUGGUUUCGUGGGCGCUGAUCUAGCUGCUUUGUGCAAUGAAGCAGCUUUGAAUUGUCUUCGUGAACACGUUGAGUCCAAAACAUGCAUUGGAAAUACUCAUUAUAAACCUUCAAUGCCAACAUAUGAUACAUGCCUUGGCAAGAAUGAUACCCAUUUCUUACAAGACAAUGACGACCUUUCUUCUAACAGUGAUUUCGAGGGGGCAUCUUCAUCUAUUUCAGAAGCAUGUGUUUCAUCAGAUAUUCCAAGAAACUUUACUGGCAUGGAACAAAUAGACACUCUUAGGAUCACUUAUAAAGAUUUUGAAAGGGCUAGAAUGAAAAUAAGGCCAAGUGCCAUGAGAGAGGUUAUUCUUGAGGUUCCAAAGGUAAACUGGGAUGAUGUUGGAGGGCAGAGGGAGGUUAAGAUGCAACUCAUAGAAGCUGUUCAAUGGCCUCAGAAACACCAGGAGGCUUUCAAGCGCAUUGGGACUCGUCCUCCUACUGGAGUUUUGAUGUUUGGUCCUCCAGGAUGCAGCAAAACACUGUUAGCUCGUGCAGUUGCUUCUGAAGCGGGGUUGAACUUUCUUGCAGUGAAGGGCCCUGAGCUUUACAGCAAAUGGGUGGGUGAAUCAGAAAAAGCUGUCAGGACACUAUUUGCAAAGGCUAGGGCGAAUUCUCCUUCAAUUAUAUUUUUUGAUGAAAUAGAUGGCCUUGCUGUUGUACGUGGCAAAGAAAGUGAUGGGGUUUCUGUGGCUGAUCGGGUCAUGAGUCAACUUCUUAUUGAAUUAGAUGGUUUACACCAGAGAGUUAAUGUCACUGUUAUUGCUGCAACAAAUCGGCCAGACAAGAUUGACCCUGCUCUUCUAAGACCAGGACGUUUUGAUCGAUUGCUGUACGUUGGACCUCCAGAUGAAAAAGACAGGGAGGCAAUAUUCCACAUACAUUUGAAGAAGAUGCCAUGCAGUUCUGACAUGUGCAUUGAAGAGCUAGCUCGGCUAACCAGCAGCUGUACUGGUGCUGACAUAUCGCUGAUAUGUCGUGAAGCAGCUAUUGCAGCUAUCGAAGAAAGCCUUGAUGCCGCUGAAAUAACAAUGGAACAUCUGAAGACCGCCAUAAAGCAAGUGCCUCCAUCUGAUGUUCAUUCGUACCAGGAGUUAUCAAAUAGGUUUCAGAGGCUUGUGCACUCAGACCCUGUGAAAGAUGAUUAGUGUCAUCAAUGAUUGCUAACACAGAUCAAGUCAAAUUGCCUGCUGGUACAUGUUGAUGCCAUAAUUUACAUAUCUCCCAUGUUAAUCCAGAAAUCUACUGCAAAAACAUAUAUGCAGUUGAAUGCAUCAAGGAAAAGUCUAUUCCAUAUGGUGAGCGCGUGAACUUUUGCUCGUGGGAGCUUUCAUUAGCGGAGCCAGAACGAACAUUUCUAUAUGUCAACGUCAACUAUCUGAUGCCAUCAACAAUCGGUCUGUGCAGUAUAGUGAGUAACAGCUAUUCACUGGAUUAAUGCUCCACAAAUUGAGAUUUCCUACUGAUCGUCGAUGCAUUGUUUGCAAUCAAGGUUUUCGAUACACAUGAAAUGUUUUUUAUGAUGGUGUGGUAUUAAGAACAUAGCAAGGAAGCUCCACUAUGUAUACUUACUGGUGUUUGUUUCCUCCAGAAAACUGCACUAUGGAUGAUAUGUUUUAGUUCAUGAUAUUUUUUGCAUUAUGCAGAAAUAUUACUUGUAAGCUACUAUAUAAAACCACAGUGGCUAUACAUCAACUUUCUGAUUGAA